AGGUGGCCGCGGUUGUGCACGUUUCCUUUUCCGAUCUUUGGCUGAUCAAGAAUCAAAAAUGGUGCAGCGUCUAACCUAUCGGCGACGACUGUCGUACAACACAAAAAGUAAUAGGAGACGAGUUGUCCGUACUCCUGGUGGUAAACUUGUCUAUCAGUACCUCAAAAAACCCAAGAAGAUCCCCAGAUGUGGUCAAUGCAAGGACAAGCUUAGGGGCAUUCAGCCUGCUAGGCCUAUGGAGCGUUCUCGUAUGUGCCGCAGGAAGAAGACUGUCAAGCGUGUUUAUGGAGGUGUUAUGUGUCACAAGUGUGUUAAGGAGAGGAUUGUACGAGCUUUCCUCAUCGAAGAGCAAAAGAUUGUAAUCAAAGUUAUGAGGGCACAGCAAGCUUCUGCAAAGACGAAAAAAGCAGAAAAGUAAUUUACAAAUCUUUUACUUUAUAAAUCUUAAAUAAAAAAACUACAAAAAAUUUGGAAUAUAAAUC